AGAGCGGAGGUGCCUGUGGCCGCCCUGCCCUUGACCCCGAGCUGAGCACUGAGGACCAAAGCCAGGCUUUGAAAUUCAGGGUCCCGCGCCGGGGUCACCAUGGCACCGGCCCUGGGCAUCGCCCUCCUGUACGCGCUGCUGCCGCGGGCGCUCAGCCAGCCCAGCGCCGCCGUCCUCAGGCUCAGCAAAGGGGUUUUAGGUGACGCUCUUACAGGCUCACUCCGGCAAGGCGAGGUCCUCCAAGGCGCCCUCGGAGAGGUGCCGCUCGGCAGCGCACGCCCCGGCACGGAUGGAAGGGGAGACCCGCCGGGCGGCCUCGGGGGAGGGCUCCUUGGUGGUGGUCUGCUUGCUGGUGUCACUGGUGGCUUGCUGGUCGGCGCUGGUGGAGGGCUGCUGGGGGGGCUGACUGGAGGGCUGCUCGGUGGAGGGGGUGAUGCUGGUGGUGGCUUGCAGGGUGCUGGGCCCAGAAACCCUCCCAGAGGCUGGCCGGCGGCUGGUGGCGACGUCCCCAGGGGUGGCAUCCCCGCGGGGGGAGCUGGAGGAGCGCUGGGACAGCGAGGUCUGCUCGGUGAUGGGGGUGUCCUGGGCGCGGCGGGGAUCCUCGGUGGCCCCCGCGGCCUUCUUGGCAACGGAGGGCUGCUGGGGGGCGGCGGCCUGCUCGGCGUCCUCGGGGAAGGCGACUUGCUCAGCACCGUCCAGGGGCUGACCGGGCUGAGGAUCGUGGGGCUGACGCUCCCCAGGGUGUCCCUGCGGCUCCUGCCUGGCGUCGGCGUCCACCUCAACCUCUACACCCGGGCGGCCCUCGACGCCAAGAGCCUCCUGGGCUUGCUCGACAUCGCGGUGGAGGUGAACGUCACGUCACGGGUCAGGCUGACCAUGGACGGCACGGGCUACCCCAAGCUGGUGGCAGAAGGAUGCGAUACCCUCCUUGGUGGCAUUAAAGUCAGACUCCUGAGAGGCCUGCUCCCAGUUGUGGAUAAUUUAUUGGCAAGUGUCCUGAACAGACUUCUCCCUAAUCUGCUCUGCCCCGUGGUCAACAUCGCCCUGGGACUCGUCAGUGACCAGCUGGGUCUCGUGAACUCACUGGUGCCCCUGGGUGUGCUGGGCAGUAUCCAGUACACCGUGUCCAGCCUUCCCCUGGUAACCAGCCAGUUCCUCGAGGUAGACUUGAACGCUGUCGUUAGGCAAGAGGCAGGAGGCCUGGUGGACGUUCCGCUGGGGGAGCCAGAGACUGUCCCCGCGACCCCACGGGUCCCCAUGCCGCCCCUGCCCGCCAUGGCGGACACCAGCUCCUCCCAGCUCGGCCUCUCCGUGAGCUUCCUCGGCUCCACGCUGUCUGCGCUGCAGAGGGAGGGUGCCCUGGAUCUGGACAUCCCCAACGGCGUGUUUCCUGAGCUCCCGCCGCUGACAACGUCGACCCUUGGGGCCCUGGUUCCUGCCGUUUUUAAAGCAUACCCCGAGCCACGUGAGUUGCUGCUGAAAAUUGCAGUCCCCGAAGCACCGGUGGUGACCUUAAAGAAAAAUAAAGGUGCGAUCCAGCUCAGGGCUACAGCAGAGGUGAUGGUGAUUCACUCGCAUGAUGCCCAGAAGUCUCUCUGCCUUCUGAAUAUCGACACCUCCUUGCUGGCCCAGUUUUCAGUCAGGGACAACAAACUGAAGAUCAGAGUCGGCCUGGAGAAGACUGGUCUGUCCUUGGUGUCUUCAUCCAUCGGUGAUUUUGAUGUCUCGCUCCUGAAGGUGCUCCUUGGGCAGAUUUUCGACGUUGCCUUCCUGCCCGCAGUGAACAGCGUGCUGGCAGCGGGGGUGCCCCUCCCCAGGCUGCUGAACAUCGACUUCACCAACGCGGACAUCGACGUCAUGGAGGAUCUCGUGGUGCUGUCGGCCUGAGCUGGGGCCGCCGGGCUGGGAAGGGACCCCUGGUUCGCCCCGUCCCCCCCGGAGGGGUGGGAGCCCCGCCUGCCCGAAGGACGCCCACCGCGUUUCUCACCCAGCCUCACACAGCUUGGUCUUCUCCCUGCAAACGCGGCAU